AUGUAUAUCAAGAAGGUGGUAAUUCAAGGGUUUAAGAGCUACAGGGAGGAGACCUCAACUGACCCUUUCAGCCCCAAAGUUAACGUAGUUGUUGGUGCAAAUGGAUCUGGCAAAUCGAACUUUUUCCACGCUAUACGCUUUGUCCUAAGCGACAUGUUUCAGAACCUGCGCAGUGAGGAUAGGGGAGCUCUUCUCCAUGAAGGUGCUGGACACUCGGUUAUAUCUGCCUUUGUCGAGAUACUGUUUGAUAAUUCGGACAACCGUAUUCCAGUUGAUAGAGAAGAGGUACGCCUGCGGAGGACGGUUUCUUCAAAGAAGGAUGAAUACUACCUGGAUGGGAAACAUGUUAGUAAAACUGAAGUCAUGAACCUGCUGGAGAGUGCUGGCUUCUCUCGUUCUAAUCCAUACUAUAUUGUCCAGCAGGGGAAGAUUGCAUCCCUUACUCUAAUGAAGGAUUCUGAACGACUGGAUCUUCUCAAAGAGAUUGGUGGUACGCGUGUUUAUGAAGAUAGGCGUCGGGAGAGCUUGAAAAUAUUGCAAGAAACAGCCCAUAAAAGGAAGCAGAUUGGUCAAACUGUCCACUACCUGGAGGAAAGAUUGAGAGAACUUGAUGAAGAGAAAGACGAACUAGUGAAGUACCAGGAGCUGGACAAAGAAAGAAGAUCACUUGAGUAUAAUCUGUUGGACCAUGAACUGAAUGAUACUAAAAACGAAUUAGUUUCAAUGGAUGAUGAUCGAAGAAAAUUUUCUGAAAUGUUGUCUAAUGCGGAUGAUGAAGUGGCAGAUGUACGUGAGAAGGUCAAGAGUUUUGAUAAAGAAAUAGAAGUCUGUACAGAAGGGAUAGAUGAAAUCAAGUCUCAAAAGGAAGAUGCCGAGAAGAAGCGUACUAAAGCACUAAAGCUAGUUACUCAGAUUGAACUGGAUCUGAGAGAUAUAGAAGACAGAAUUUCAAAUGAAAAACGAGCAAAGGAUGAAGCUGCGAAGGAUUUACACAGUAUGAGGAAAGAGAGUGAAAGGUCAAAUUCUGAAUUGGCCGAAAUUAGUAAUGCACACCAGGCCAAAUUGCAGGAAGAGGAGGAGAUGUCAAAAAGCAUAACGGACCGCGAGAAGCAGCUGAGCGUAUUGUACCAAAAGCAGGGGAGGGCAACUCAGUUUAAGAAUGAGGCUGCCAGAGAUAAGUGGCUUCAGAAAGAAAUUCAUGAUCUCGAGCGUGUACUUUCAUCAAAUAAAAAGCAGGAAAGCUUACUCGAAGAAGAGAUUCAGAAACUUACAGGUGAAAUUAAUAGCUUGACGAACUACAUCGAGUCUCGGAGAAGUGAAUCCGGCAAGUUAGAGUCUGCUCUUGCAAACAGACAAAAGGAUUAUAAUGACUUUAUGCAGCAGAAAGAUGCACUUCAAGAUGAAAGGAAAUCAUUGUGGAAGCAGGAAAAUAGCGUAACAGCUGAAAUCGAUAGGCUAAAGGAAGAUAUUGUGAAGGCACAGAAGAGUCUUGACUAUGCCACACCCAGGGAUACCAGGAGAGGCCUGAAUUACGCUAGCAAAAUAGUCAGGGAACGUGGUUUGAAAGGAGUUUUUGGUCCAGUAAUAGAACUAAUUGACUGCGAAGAGAAGUUUUUUACAGCUGUUGAGGUCGCUGCUGGAAAUAGCUUGUUCCAUGUGGUGGUUGCAAAUGACGACAUAUCAACGGAUAUAAUUGAUAUAUGGAGGAAAGAUAGAGAUGGACGGGUGACUUUCAUACCACUGAACAGAGUGUAUGCUCCGCGCGUCAAUAUUCCACAAAGUUCUGAUUUUGUUCCACUGUUGAAGAGGUUAAAGUACCGUGCCGAGCAUCGCCCCGCUUUUGAACUGAUUUUUGGUAGGACAGUUAUAUGCCGGGACCUGGAAACUGCGACCAGGGUUGCACGCAGCAAUGAUCUAGAUUGCAUCACACUUGAUGGUGAUCAAGUUUCAAGUGAUGGUGGUAUGACAGGAGGUUUCUUUGACUAUAGGCGCUCAAGAUUGAAGUAUGUAAAAAUAAUUAGGGACAAUAAAACAACAAUCCAGGAAAAGACAGUGCAUCUGCAUAAUCUGGGAAAAGAGCUGCAAGAUAUACAUAGAAAAAUCAUGGAUUUAGUUACCAAACAUCAACAAGUGGAUGCCGAACGUGAUCAUGCCAAGUCGGAGUUGGAACAGUUUAAGGAUGAUAUUACCAGGGCAAUGAAGCAAAAAGGAUUACUUGAGAAAGCCCUUGGAAAGAAGGAAAAAUCACUCGACAACAUCCGCAACCAAAUUGAGCAAAUCCAAUCUGGCAUUGCAACGAAAAAUAAUGAGAUGGGAACAGAACUGAUUGACCAGCUAACAUCAGAAGAAAGAGAUCUCCUUUCGCGAUUGAAUCCUGAAAUUGCUGCAUUGAAGGAGAAGUUUCUCUUGUGUAAAAACAAUCGCAUUGAGAUUGAAACAAGAAAAGAAGAACUGGAGACCAAUUUAUCAACUAAUCUGACGAGGCGUCAAGAAGAGCUGGAAGCGAUAAUUUCAUCUGCAGAUUCUGAAGCCUUGUCUCUUGAAGUCAAAUCAAAAGAGCAACAGCUGAAACAGUCGAAGAGCAAUCUUGAUGAGUUGACUACACUUCUGCAGGCUAAUAUUGAUGCAAUUAAUGACUUUAUGGGAAAGAUGGAGCAACUGAAAAAACAAAGGGAUGAUCUGAAGGUGGUUCAAGCUAAUUUGGAGCAGACUGUGCAAGAUGCAGCGAACGACUUGGAACAGUUGAUGAACAGAAGGAGAAUGCAUCUGGCCAAGCAAGCAGAGUGUAUGAAAAAGAUGCGAGAUUUGGGCUCGUUGCCCGCUGAUGCUUUUGAAAAGUACAAGGGAAAAGAUAGGCUGCUGCUGCAGAAGCUGCUUCAUGACCGCAAUGAGCAGUUGAAGCAAUUUAGUCAUGUCAACCAAAAGGCUCUUGACCAGUAUGUGAACUUCAAUGAACAACGCGAUCAACUGCGGAGAAGACGGGAUGAACUUGCCCUUGGUGACAAGAAAAUUCGAGACUUGAUAUCGCUUUUAGACCAAAAAAAGGAUGAAUUGAUCGAACGCACAUUUAAAGGAGUUGCAAGGCACUUCCGCGAAGUGUUCUCUGAAUUAGUGCAAGGUGGCCAUGGAGCCUUGGUUAUGAUGAAGAAAAAGGAUGGUGAUGCCGAGGACGAUGACAAUGAUGAGGACGGGCCUCGUGAAGCAGAUCCUAAAGGGAGAAUCGACAGAUACAUUGGCGUGAAAGUCAAGGUUUCCUUCACUGGCAAGGGAGACACUCAGUCCAUGAAACAGUUGUCCGGGGGACAGAAGACAGUGGUGGCAUUGACACUGAUCUUUGCCAUCCAACGAUGUGAUCCGGCUCCGUUCUACCUCUUUGACGAGAUCGACGCCGCUCUGGAUUCUCAGUACAGAACAGCCGUCGGCAAUGUGGUGCGACGUCUGGCUGACAUGGCGGACACCCAGUUCAUCGCAACCACAUUCAGGCCAGAGAUUCUGAAAGUUGCGGAUAAGAUAUACGGUGUGGCGCACAAGAGCAGAGUGAGCUACAUCGACGUGGUAUCCAAGGAGCAAGCGCUGGACUUCAUUGAGCAGGACCAGGCACAAAAUGCCAGCUGAGGAAAGGUGCCUUGGGAGUGUUUCAGACUCUGGACAUACUUAUACUG